AUGGCUCCGAUGACUACGCCGGUUUUGAAUCAUAGGAAGAUCAAACACUUGGUAUCAAUAUCCCUAAGAAACAUUAAAAUCCCAGAAACUCUAACGAUAUCGGAGAUUUCUCAUAUCGGUAACAACAAAUCAAAACUUGAUCCGCUGGAAUCUUCUUUCCAGAGUUCUACGUCACUUGAUAACCAUAACCAUUCUAUGGAGGCACAUAAUACCCAGGAGUUGGAUCACUUUAUUUUAUCCCGUUGUUCAUUCUAUGAUACCUUUUUUGUGCUUCAACUCCCUAAAUCACAAACCCCAUUCUAUAUCAGUGAAAUAUCCUCAGAAUGUAUGAACGUUGACUUCCACGAUAUAAACCUCAUGGCCCUUGCAUUGAAGGAUCCCAUUGGAUUUGCUCAAUUAUCAAAACUGAGAAAAGUGAAGCUACGUGUGUUUGUUCGACGUUCGAACCAUGACGCUCCCUGGAAAGUGUUGUUAUCCCGAACAAUAUUCAUGAGUAAUUUGAUGUAUGUGGGGCCGGAAUUGGACCAACUUCAGCACUCCUCCAAAAAUAAUGAAUUAUUUAUAUCCAUGACUGAUGGGGUAUUUAAAUUAUCCCAGACCACAGUGCAGGAAAUUCGACAAAAAUUAUCAAGCCAAACGACGAAAACAAUUAAGCAGGGCCGGCUGAAAUUUGUAGCUAAUCCCGACGGUGGCGUGCCGAUGAUGGACUACGAAAGUAUCAUGAAGCUAGAUAAUUUAAAACUUUGCAUAAUGGAUAUUCAAACCAUUAACUAUCUGUUAACCAUGGGCAUCGACAAGGCAAUUCGCGGUGGUGAAACUAUAGAACCGCCCGCGAUGAACAGUGAUUUUAAUGAUAAAAAAGUCCAAAUCAGGAAUAUGAGAUGCAAGGUCACGGAUUUUCGGAAAGUGAUAGAACUUUUGAGGAAUAAUAAUUAUCAAUUGAAGAAGAAGUUGACAACUAAAAAGAAAAUUCUAGAUCGCUUGAAAUUAUUGAUUUAUGAUGAUGGGUGUGAUGAUGAUAAUGAUAAUGAUAAUGAUGAUUAUGAUUAUGAUAAUGAUGCGAUACAGACGAACGGAAGCUCCACCGAAGAUGGAUUCAACAACGAGGAAGUUUACGAAGGAGUAUUAAAGAAAGAGGAACGCCUUGACAAGAUCAAGUUCAAAUUUGAUGAUGAUCAUAACACAGUACACCAACCCAGGGCCACUCCUAUCAACCAGCAUCACCAAGUUAAUUCAAUUAUUCUGUCGAUUGAUUCCGAAAUUCAGACGUUGAAAUUAAAGUACCAUGAAAACUCUGAGGACUUACAACUACUUGAUCUGCAAAUUACAAGUGAGUUGUCCCAAAUAUUCAAAACCCUUGUUAACAUAUUCCCUAUUAUCCCAUUAAAUUCUAACCCUAUUGAAUUUUCAUUGCUCGGAUUAAGACUUAGCAAUCUCUGCUAUUUUAUCAGGUAUCCAAACUAUAACAAGGGGGCUCAGAAUCAUCACUCUGCUGACGAGGAUGAUCUUGUCUUUUUGUCAAAGGACGACCUUCAAUUAGAAAUUGAUGCCUGUUUAGGGUACGUCACUACAUUAGUACAACUUCUUUCGUUGUAUCUUGGGAUUCCUUUAAAGUACCCAGUGAUUUCCUGUGGAAGUUACUCGGUGAUAUGUGAUUAUGUCAGUGCGUUAAAUGAUAAUAAUAAAGUGUUUCCCUUACACUUGAGCAACAGGUAUCCAGCAAUGGGACUCGCAGGGUCCCUGAAAAAGGUUAUAUUGUUCAAAUUUGAGUAUGGGGUGAGUCUAUUGAAUAAGAAUAUCCAACAAAUCAUGGAAUCUGAGAGCCUAGUGGGACCUGACCAGAGAAACAUUUUAGGAAAUUUGAAAAUGUUGUUGUUAUAUUUGGCAUCCAAAGAUUUAGGGACGCCAUGA